UCCAGCCCGGACCGGGCCGGGGCCGCUGAAUGUCGCGUCUCCGCUUCUGCUGCCUGCCGGGCGGGCUCCGGCGGCCGCAGCAAGGUGGGGUACGAAGACCCUGUGCUAAUCACCCAUAAUCCUCUGAGGGUGCCCCCCCUAAAAGCAGCACCCCCACCAUGUUUAACCUAAUGAAGAAAGACAAGGACAAAGAUGGAGGGCGGAAGGAGAAGAAGGAGAAAAAGGAGAAGAAGGAGCGGAUGUCAGCAGCGGAGCUGCGGAGCCUGGAGGAGAUGAGCCUACGACGUGGCUUCUUCAACCUGAACCGCUCCUCCAAGCGUGAAUCUAAGACACGCCUGGAAAUCUCCAACCCCAUCCCCAUCAAGGUGGCCAGCGGCUCCGACCUGCACCUGACUGACAUUGACUCCGACAGCAACCGGGGCAGCGUCAUCCUGGACUCAGGCCACCUGAGCACAGCCAGCUCUAGCGAUGACCUCAAGGGCGAGGAAGGCAGCUUCCGCGGCUCUGUGCUGCAGCGGGCAGCCAAGUUCGGCUCCCUAGCCAAGCAGAACUCCCAGAUGAUUGUCAAGCGCUUCUCCUUCUCUCAGCGUAGCCGGGACGAGAGUGCCUCGGAAACCUCCACCCCAUCAGAGCACUCAGCCGCCCCAUCCCCGCAGGUGGAGGUGAGGACUCUAGAGGGCCAGCUGAUGCAGCAUCCUGGCCCUGGCAUCCCUCGGCCAGGGCCCCGGUCCCGAGCCCCUGAACUGGUGACUAAAAGGUUCCCAGCGGACCUACGCCUGCCCCCCGUGGUAUCCCCACCACCUCCUGCCCUCCGGGAGCUGGAGCUGCAACGCCGGCCUACUGGAGACUUUGGCUUCUCCCUGCGGCGAACUACCAUGCUGGAUCGGGGUCCCGAGGGCCAAGCCUAUCGGCGGGUGGUUCACUUUGCUGAGCCUGGUGCAGGCACCAAGGACCUGGCCCUGGGGCUGGUGCCGGGCGACCGGCUGGUGGAGAUAAAUGGGCACAAUGUGGAGAGUAAGUCCAGGGAUGAGAUUGUGGAAAUGAUCCGGCAGUCUGGGGACAGUGUGCAGCUCAAGGUGCAACCCAUCCCAGAGCUCAGCGAGCUGAGCCAGAGCUGGCUGCGAAGCGGCGAGGGACCCCGCAGGGAGCCAGCUGAUGCGAAGACAGAGGAGCAGAUUGCAGCUGAGGAGGCCUGGUAUGAGACAGAGAAGGUGUGGCUGGUCCAUAAAGAUGGCUUCUCACUUGCCAGUCAGCUCAAAUCUGAGGAACUCAGCCUGCCCGAGGGGAAGGUACGCGUGAAGUUAGACCAUGACGGAGCCAUCCUGGAUGUGGACGAAGACGAUGUAGAGAAGGCUAAUGCUCCAUCCUGCGACCGCCUGGAGGACCUGGCCUCACUGGUCUACCUCAAUGAGUCCAGCGUCCUGCACACGCUGCGCCAGCGCUAUGGUGCUAGCCUGCUGCACACAUAUGCUGGCCCCAGCCUGCUUGUCCUCAGCCCCCGUGGGGCCCCCGCUGUGUACUCUGAGAAGGUGAUGCAUAUGUUCAAGGGGUGCCGGCGGGAGGACAUGGCACCCCACAUCUAUGCCGUAGCCCAGAACGCAUACAGGGCAAUGCUGAUGAGCCGUCAAGACCAGUCCAUCAUCCUCCUGGGUAGCAGUGGCAGUGGCAAGACCACCAGCUGCCAGCAUCUGGUGCAAUACCUGGCUACCAUUGCAGGCACCAGUGGGAACAAGGUGUUUUCCGUGGAAAAGUGGCAGGCUCUGUACACCCUUCUGGAAGCCUUUGGGAACAGCCCCACUAUCUUGAAUGGCAAUGCCACCCGCUUCUCCCAGAUCCUCUCCCUGGACUUUGACCAAGCUGGCCAGGUGGCCUCGGCCUCCAUUCAGACAAUGCUUUUGGAGAAGCUGCGUGUGGCUCGGCGACCGGCCGGUGAAGCCACAUUCAACAUCUUCUACUACCUGCUGGCCUGUGGGGAUGACACGCUCAGGACAGAGCUCCACCUGAACCACUUGGCAGAGAACAGUGUGUUUGGGAUUGUGCCACUGGCCAAGCCCGAGGAGAAGCAGAAGGCAGCUCAGCAGUUCAGUAAGCUACAGACGGCCAUGAAAGUGCUGGGUAUCUCCCCUGACGAGCAAAAGGCCUGCUGGUUCAUCCUGGCUGCCAUCUACCACCUGGGGGCUGCAGGCGCCACCAAAGAAGCUGCUGAAGCUGGGCACAGGCAGUUUGCCCGUCAUGAGUGGGCCCAGAAGGCUGCGUACCUGCUGGGCUGCAGCCUAGAGGAGCUCUCCUCAGCCAUCUUCAAGCACCAACACAAGGGGGGCACCCUGCAGCGUUCCACCUCCUUCCGCCAGGGCCCUGAGGAGAGCAGUCUGGGAGACGGCACAGGCCCCAAACUGAGUGCCCUGGAGUGCUUAGAGGGUAUGGCUUCCGGCCUCUACAGCGAGCUUUUCACCCUUCUCAUCUCUCUGGUGAACAGGGCUCUCAAGUCCAGCCAGCAUUCACUCUGCUCUAUGAUGAUUGUGGACACUCCAGGCUUCCAGAACCCUGAGCAGGGUGGGUCAGCCCGCGGAGCCUCCUUCGAGGAGCUGUGCCACAACUACGCCCAGGACCGGCUGCAAAGGCUUUUCCACGAGCGCACCUUUGUGCAGGAGUUGGAAAGAUACAAGGAGGAGAAUGUUGAGCUGGCGUUUGAUGACUUGGAUCCAGCCACAGAUGAUUCUGUGGCUGCUGUGGACCAAGCUUCCCAUCAGUCCCUGGUCCGCUCGCUGGCCCGCACAGACGAGGCGAGGGGCCUGCUGUGGCUGUUGGAAGAGGAGGCGCUGGUGCCAGGGGCCACUGAGGAUGCGCUCCUGGAGCGUCUUUUCUCCUAUUAUGGCCCCCAGGAAGGUGACAAAAAAGGCCCAAGCCCCCUCCUGCGCAGCAGCAAACCACACCAUUUUCUCCUGGGCCACAGUCACGGCACCAACUGGGUAGAGUACAAUGUGGCUGGCUGGCUGAGCUACACCAAGCAGAACCCGGCCACCCAGAACGCCCCCCGACUCCUGCAGGACUCUCAAAAAAAAAUCAUCAGCAACCUGUUUCUGGGCCGGGCUGGAAGCACCACGGUGCUGUCAGGCUCCAUCGCAGGCCUGGAAGGCGGCUCGCAGCUGGCGCUGCGCCGGGCCACCAGCAUGCGGAAAACCUUUACCACGGGCAUGGCAGCUGUCAAGAAGAAGUCACUGUGCAUCCAGGUUAAGCUGCAGGUGGAUGCCCUGAUUGACACCAUCAAGAAGUCAAAGCUGCAUUUCGUGCACUGCUUCCUGCCUGUGGCUGAGGGCUGGGCCGGGGAGCCCCGAUCCGCCUCCUCCCGCCGGGUCAGCAGCAGCAGUGAGUUGGACCUGCCCUCCGGAGACCACUGCGAGGCUGGUCUCCUGCAGCUCGACCUGCCCCUGCUCCGUGCCCAGCUCCGUGGCUCCCGCCUACUUGAUGCCAUGCGCAUGUACCGCCAAGGUUACCCUGACCACAUGGUGUUCUCCGAGUUCCGCCGCCGCUUUGACGUCCUGGCCCCACACUUGACCAAGAAACAUGGACGCAACUACAUCGUGGUGGACGAGAGGCGGGCGGUGGAGGAGCUGCUGGAGUCUUUGGACCUGGAGAAGAGCAGCUGCUGCAUGGGCCUGAGCCGGGUGUUCUUCCGGGCUGGCACCUUGGCGAGACUAGAAGAGCAGCGGGAUGAACAAACCAGCAGGAACCUGACCCUGUUUCAGGCAGCCUGCAGGGGCUACCUCUCCCGCCAACACUUCAAGAAGAGAAAGAUCCAGGACCUGGCCAUUCGCUGUGUGCAGAAGAACAUCAAGAAGAACAAAGGGGUGAAGGACUGGCCCUGGUGGAAGCUCUUUACCACUGUGAGGCCCCUCAUUGAGGUUCAGCUGUCAGAGGAGCAGAUCCGGAACAAAGACGAGGAGAUCCAGCAGCUGCGGAGCAAGCUUGAGAAGGUGGAGAAGGAGCGGAAUGAGCUGCGACUCAACAGUGACCGGUUGGAGACCCGGAUCUCAGAGCUGACAUCGGAGCUGACGGAUGAACGUAACACGGGAGAGUCCGCCUCCCAGCUGCUGGACGCAGAGACAGCGGAGAGGCUCCGAGCUGAGAAGGAGAUGAAGGAGCUGCAGACCCAGUACGAUGCACUGAAGAAGCAAAUGGAGGUGAUGGAAAUGGAGGUGAUAGAGGCCCGUCUCAUCCGGGCAGCUGAGAUCAACGGGGAAGUGGAUGAUGAUGCAGGUGGCGAGUGGCGCCUGAAGUAUGAGCGAGCUAUGAGGGAGGUGGACUUCACUAAGAAGCGGCUCCAGCAGGAGUUUGAGGACAAGCUGGAGGUGGAGCAGCAGAACAAGAGGCAGCUGGAGAGGCGGCUCGGGGACCUACAAGCAGACAGUGAUGAGAGCCAGCGGGCUCUGCAGCAGCUCAAGAAGAAGUGCCAGCGGCUGACAGCUGAGCUGCAGGACACCAAGCUGCACCUGGAGGGCCAGCAGGUCCGCAACCAUGAGCUGGAGAAGAAACAGAGGAGGUUUGAUAGUGAGCUCUCACAGGCGCAUGAUGAGGCCCAGCGGGAGAAGCUGCAGCGGGAGAAGCUGCAGCGAGAGAAGGACAUGCUGCUCGCGGAGGCAUUCAGCCUGAAGCAACAAAUGGAGGAAAAAGACAUGGACAUUGCGGGGUUCACCCAGAAGGUUGUUUCACUGGAGGCUGAACUCCAGGACAUUUCUUCUCAAGAGUCCAAGGAUGAAGCCUCUCUGGCCAAGGUCAAGAAACAGCUCCGGGAUCUGGAGGCCAAGGUCAAAGAUCAGGAAGAGGAGCUGGACGAGCAGGCGGGGACCAUCCAGAUGCUGGAGCAGGCCAAGCUACGUCUAGAGAUGGAGAUGGAACGGAUGAGGCAGACCCAUUCCAAGGAGAUGGAGAGUCGGGAUGAGGAGGUGGAGGAGGCCCGGCAGUCAUGUCAGAAGAAGUUAAAACAGAUGGAAGUGCAGCUGGAGGAGGAAUAUGAGGACAAGCAGAAGGUGCUGCGAGACAAGCGGGAGCUGGAGAGCAAGCUCACUGCACUCAGCGAUCAGGUGAACCAGCGGGACUUUGAGUCAGAGAAGCGGCUCCGGAAAGACCUGAAGCGCACUAAGGCCCUGCUGGCAGAUGCCCAGAUCAUGCUGGACCACCUGAAGAACAAUGCACCCAGCAAGAGGGAGAUCGCCCAGCUGAAGAACCAGCUGGAGGAGUCAGAGUUCACCUGUGCAGCAGCCGUAAAAGCACGGAAAGCAAUGGAGGUGGAGAUCGAAGACCUGCACCUGCAGAUUGGUGACAUCACCAAAGCCAAGACAGCGCUGGAGGAGCAGCUGAGCCGCCUUCAACGUGAGAAGAAUGAGAUCCAGAACCGCCUGGAAGAGGAUCAGGAGGACAUGAAUGAGCUGAUGAAGAAGCACAAAGCAGCCGUAGCUCAGGCCUCCCGGGACCUGGCUCAGAUGAAUGAUCUCCAAGCUCAGCUGGAAGAAGCCAACAAGGAGAAGCAAGAGCUACAGGAGAAGCUACAAGCCCUCCAGAGCCAGGUGGAGUUCCUGGAGCAGUCCAUGGUGGAUAAGUCUCUGGUGAGCAGGCAAGAAGCUAAGAUCCGGGAGCUGGAGACACGCCUGGAGUUUGAAAGGACCCAAGUAAAGCGGUUGGAGAGCCUAGCGAGCCGGCUCAAGGAAAACAUGGAGAAGUUGACUGAGGAGCGGGAUCAGCGUAUUGCAGCUGAGAACCGGGAGAAGGAGCAGAACAAGAGGCUCCAGCGGCAGCUCCGGGAUACCAAGGAAGAGAUGGGCGAGCUUGCCAGGAAGGAGGCGGAGGCGAGCCGCAAGAAGCAUGAACUGGAGAUGGAUCUGGGAAGUCUGGAGGCUGCUAACCAGAGCCUGCAGGCUGAUCUAAAGCUGGCCUUCAAGCGUAUUGGGGACCUGCAGGCAGCCAUCGAGGACGAGAUGGAGAGUGAUGAGAAUGAGGACCUCAUCAACAGUGAGGGGGACUCAGAUGUGGACUCAGAGCUGGAGGACAGGGUCGAUGGGGUCAAGUCGUGGUUGUCAAAAAACAAGGGACCUUCCAAGGCAGCUUCUGAUGAUGGCAGCUUGAAGAGUUCCAGCCCCACCAGCUACUGGAAGCCCCUUGCCCCUGACCGGUCAGAUGAUGAGCACGACCCUCUCAACAGCACCUCCAGACCCCAAUACUCCCACAACUAUUUGAGCGACAGUGACACAGAGGCCAGGCUGACGGAGACCAAUGCAUAGCCCAGGGGAGUGGUCCACAGCCCCUCCCACCCCACGGCCUACUGCUGCCAGCGUGCCUCUCCCAGGAAAUGAAGGGGUGCAGGUUUCCCUGACCUGACUGCUGAUCUGCAUGGGAAACACCCAGCCCUCUUCUGUCAGGGGAACUUUCCAGGUUCUGGAUGUCUGAUUUCUCCACGUGGAUGAGGUGGGAGAAAGAGGAGUUUCUGAAAAGAGAACUUUAUGCUCCUCCCUGCCUCCAAAAUGCCACACUCUCGGCUUCUACCUUGGGCCACCCUGGGCAAUGGCAGGUGGCUUGGCACUGCAUGGAGCCAGCAAGUUGACCCCCAUCUCAGCUCCCUGCUCAGGGAUGGCGCACAGAUUGCCUACUGGGACAUUCUAGGUUGCUGGGUCCAUGGGGAGGAGUUGGGGGAGGCACAGCAAUUCUUUCCCCUGGUUUUGGAGUGAUGGCUUUCUCUUCUCAGUGCCUGCUGUCUUUUUACUUUUUAAUUUAAAUACCCAACCUCUCAUCACAGCUGCAUCCCUGAGAGUGAGAGGGGGCUGGGUGGCAGCUGGGCCCCCCCACCUCUGGGAAUGACUAGGCGAAUCUCAUUUCCAUCUCUACUGUUCAGAGGACAGUCCUUUCUCUGUGCAGCUCAAGAUACUGGUGAGCAGAGCUGGGUCCAGGUUCUUAACAGUCAGCGUGGGGAGGGGCUCUCAGGUGCUUCUGGGUUUGGGAUGAGUGAGCCUACAUAGACAGAGGUGCAUAUAUACCAUCUGGAACUCCCAGCCCCGCCCCACCCCUCUUUGUCUCAUCAGUGUAUUAAGUGCAAUGACCUAUUUAAGAAAAACCCAUUCCACUGAUGCCAAUUUGGGGCUUGUCCAAGCACUGCUUCCCUCCCGCUCUGUCCGAGCUACCUGGACCAUUAAGCUCAACUUGAGAGGGAAGGCUUUGGGUUGAGGGCUUGUGAUCAGAAAAACUGAAGAUGGAAGGUUUGGUCAGUGCUGGUGUGUAUUAGACAUAAGUCCUCCCUCUGUCAUUUAUCUUCCAGUCUCCCUCUCAUCCAUGCGCACACACACACACACUUACCCUAUACAUGAAAACAUGCAGUCUGAAGGUCCCAGCUCCCACCCUAAAAGGUUAUCCCACCAACACCACCAGACUUGGGGGCCUAAGGGAAGUGCCUGGUGCUGCUCCCAUCUGCUGUCCCCCCUUCUCUCCUGCAAUUGGUUUGUACUCACUGGGCUGUGCUCUCUCUUCCCUGUUUACCUGAUGUAUGAAAAUAAAUGUCCUUUUCCUCCUGG